AUGUGGAAGCACAACAAGCGUUACUCUCAGUCUAACUGCUCAGGGGGAAAGUACUACUUCUCCAGGAACGCUCCCCAUCCUAGGAUGGUUUGUCACAUACAAGGAUUAAACAACGCUCCAGUCUGUGUUGUAAGAAGCAGCUUUUCAAGAGAACACCCAUCUGCUGGCAACACAGUCAUCCCCAAGCAAGUUGAUCAAGAAUAUGUGCUAACUGGGAAUGCCACAAGCAACACACCUGCCAAUUGCUACCUUCCAAAGCUCAAGGGUUUCAUGCAAAGGGAAUUAGGUACUUCACAGUCCGUGACACAAGGACACGCAAAUGUUUCUGAAAGGAUUCAAAAUAACCCUACUUCAUCUGAAAAGCUUUUGAAAAAACAAUUCCAAGCCUCUGCACAACCUGCAAACAGACAGGAAAUCCACGUUUCGCCUCUCACCCAGCCUUCCUCUCCAUUCGUCAACUUGCAUUACUGUCCUUGCAUCCAGGAGAAUGUAAAUUCUGACCUGAGCUAUCUGGAUCAGGAAAUAAAGGUGCUGGAAAAACUCAGCAAAAUUUUGCAGACAGAUUCGCUUACCGAGAUCCAAAAAUGGUUCACAAGGGCAAGUAACAAAGAGAAAGACUUCGUGUCCAGUCUGAUCUAUUCAGAACCGACUGACAAAGGCGUGCUGAAUUCUAAGGAAGGUGCAGCAGAGAACAUGAAUAGCCUGAGUCUGCCAAAGCCUCUCCCUCCUCUUCAGAGAGGUCCAGAAGGGGAAAUGAAUCAGUCCAGGUCUUUGGCUAAAGAAUCAGUGGCAAGUCGAAACAUGAAACAGGGCUAA